CCGCGAAAAUGGUGUUGCAUUCAUUGUUCGAUCUACCUUCGACCACGCGCUCGAGAGCUUAUGCUCUCGGGUCCUACUCAGGCACCUUUUCUUUGUUACCUCCACCGCAUGCGGUUGGAGUCACUUCCAUAUUCGAGCAGGGUUUCGACUCUCCGAACGUGUCUUGAAUAUCAAGACUUCCUCAAAAACACGUACCCUGCUGAAACAUACAGUGGCAUACACGAAGAACGCAAUGGAGGACUCAGAUGUCGACAUGGAAGACUCAGAUGUCAACAACGGCAGCAUCUUCGACGGCUGGCUACCUUUCAAGAUUCCAUACCCGCCCAAAUUCCCGGGCAGUAUUGCAAUGAAAGGUAACUACACUCUUGUCGAUCCGGACUUGGAAUUGUACGCGAAAAAUUUCGGCGCGACAGACAAUCCCGACGGCAAGGGCUUCCAAAUCAGACAAUUGAAUAAAGCCGAUCCUAUUGGAGGAAAGUUCAGCGACGACGAAUUCGACGUGAAAUACCGCCUUGGUAGUUCUAGUGAAUCAAGACACUGGCAUGACCUGGUCCACAAAUGGGGCUUGCAGUUGCUAGACAGAGCUGGUUUCAUCAACGUUCCAAUCCAAGAAACCGAGGAAGAUGAUCCUGUCGGCCGACAUGCUCGCAAUCUAAGAGAUAUCACCAAAGACUUGAACGAGCAAAUUCAUCCAGUGUUUAGGAAGGAGAUGUGGCGGAACAUGGACGAUGCCCAGUAUGCGACUAUUAGAACACCUUUACUCCUAGCGACUGCAUUCCUGGACGACCCGAUUACGUUGCAGGUUUUCCACGCAAUUUCAUCUCCAGAUCGGUGGGAUACUCUUGUAGAUUCCAAGCUAGGCCCGUACAGGAGACUGAAAUUGUCUGGCACUUUGACCGACUCCGAGCUGAAGGCCACCUAUGACAAAAUGGCUGACAUGCGCAAGUAUACCAGCUUCUACUGGGAAGAUGAGGGAGUCAUGAUGAAGAACAGUGCUGUGGCAUGUACCGACAUACGUUACGGUACGAAUAAAAAAUAUGAUCCCGCCUCUGGCCCGUGAGUAGUAGUCCAUUACAUGCCCAUUUCUAGAG